UAAAACCUGCGAGAAGAUAAAAGGGCAGUGGAAAGCCUCGUCGAGCAGACACUCCUGACUGACCAGACCUUGGCGGACGCACAAACGUCACUGCAGUUACAGGUCACAGUGUAAAAAAACAAAACAGCCAAGAUGUGUUGCUCCGGCUUUCUCAAAAUUAUGAUGUUUAUCUUCAAUGGCGCCAUCUUUUUGGCAGGUGCAGCCAUUCUGGGUGUGGGAGUGUGGUUUCAGGUGGACAAGAAUUCUCUGCUGGGUUUCCUGGACGACGUGGAAGGUGCUCCGCCUGAGUUAUCCCAGCUGGCCAACGUCAGCUACCUGCUCAUCGCUGUGGGCGCUGUGCUUCUGGUCAUUGGCUUCCUGGGCUGCUGUGGAGCGGUUAGGGAGAGCAGGUGUAUGCUGCUGACGUUCUUCAUCAUUGUGCUGAUUAUCUUCAUCGCUGAAGUUGCAGGAGCCAUUGUGCUGUUUGUCUUCCAGGAUGUGGCUGAAGAGCUUCUUAGCGAUCUGGAGAAUGAAGUUAGGGACAGUAUUCAGGCCAAUUAUGGAAAUGAGAACAGUGGUGUGACCACUUUCUGGGACAAGACUAUGGAGGGGUUAAAAUGCUGUGGAUUCAACAACUACACAGACUUUGAUGGCUCCCCUUUUAAUAAUAGCCCCGCAGAUCUUUAUCCAUCUCAAUGCUGCAAUUCAACAAUCCCUGAGGGUGACUGCAGUUUACGCGAAGCACAAUUGUCGAACAUUGACGGCUGUUUUGACAAGCUUCUGAAGCUGAUAGAGGACAACGCAUUGAUCAUUGCAGCUGUGGCAAUAGGAAUCGCUGCUCUUGAGAUUGCUGCCAUGGUGGUUUCAAUGAUUCUCUACAAAAAGGCUGGCAAAUAGCGAUGUUUCCAAUUUGGGAUGAUCGAGAAACUUUGUAAUUGUUGGGGAAAUUUUACAAAGCAGUUUGCUAGGUAUAAAGUCUUUUUUUAUUUAAUUCAGAACAAACAGUUUGACAAAUAAAUAUUUGAUGCUCCACAUGGACUGGCUUGUAGAGCUUUAAAAUCAAAGAUGAAGAGGUCAUUAGUGGAUCUGAUAUGUUCUUAGUUUAAUGACUGUAUCUGUACACAUUUACUGUAUAUUAUGAUUUAUUUAUGUUGGAAGAAGGGCUGUCCUUAGCUGACAUGUACUGAUGCAUUUAUCAAGUAACGUGAAAUGACGCACGGUGCAGCGAAAUCUGGUCACAUUUUCCAUGUUUAUGCUAUUCAUUUGUCUCUGUAAUAAUAUGAUACAUUUAUUUUUGUAUGUUUGAUCAUAUUGAAAAAUUAAAUAUUAAAGUCUUGGAAUGUGUAAAUUUUA